AUGUCUUCUCUUUUAUCAGCAGAACUUUCUGCUACAUGUAAUGCUUUGGGAACAUUCGACAAAAAAUCAGGCAAAUAUUUAAUUGAUGACUAUACCCUUAAUACAGUCAAAGAUUUAAUCAGAUACUUAAGACGUGAUGGUGAAGACCAUGAAAUCCGUCGACAUUUUGGUCAAACUAAAGUUUUACAAACUGACCUUUUACCUAUGUUGGUAGACCAUUGGGAAAAUGCUGAGUUAUUUGAUGUUACGCUUCGGCUAUUAGUUAACCUAACAAAUCCAGCCCUGUUGUUGUAUAGAGAAGAGGUACCCGUAGAGAGAACAGCUCGACACAAUUAUUUGCAAAUUUUGUUACAUUUACAAGCUUACAAAGAGGAAGCAUUUACCAAAGUAGAAACAUGGACCGUUUUUGCUAAAAAAUUAGCUAAAAUUUUAGAAAUUGAUUGGUCAGAAAGAGAUGAAGAUACAGGAUUAAUAAUAGAGAGAAUUUUAAUUCUUAUAAGAAAUGUGCUACAUGUUCCUGCUGAUUUAGACAAAGAGAGAAGACCUGAAAAUGAUGCUAGUGUACAUGAUCAGGUGCUUUGGGCUUUAAACCAGUCUGGCAUUUUGGAUAUAAUCCUUUACAUGUCUUCUGAAAAUGAAAAACAAUACUUUAUGCAUAUUCUUGAGAUCAUAUCUCACCUGUUAAGAGAACAGAACCCGAGUAGCCUGGCUGAUGCAGCUCUACAAAGAAGUGUUGAUGAGAAACUAAGAGAUGACCAAGAAUUGUUAUCAAUUAGAAUGCUUGAAAAUAAACAAAGAAUUAAUAAAAUAAAACAAUAUUCUGGCACAAGGCACUCUCGUUUUGGAGGCACAUAUGUGGUACAAAACAUGAAAUCAAUAUCAGAUAAUGAAAUUAUUUGUUUAAAACCCCUGAAUAAAAUAUCAAAUUUAGACUUCAAUGCUGGUAGCAAAAAGUUGAAAUUGGUUAAACCAAAAAACCGGAGACCAGUCGAGAGCGGAAUUAUGGAAAGACGAUCGGCUUUUGCUAUAAGGUUGUUCCUCAAAGAGUUUUGUAUAGAAUUCCUAAACAGCUCCUACAAUCCACUGAUGCAUUAUGUAAAAGAUGUUUUAGUUAGAGCAAAAGCCCAGCAAAAUGACGAGUCCUAUUAUUUAUGGGCAGUGAAGUUCUUUAUGGAAUUUAAUAGAGGACACAACUUUCAGGUUGGAUUAGUCAGUGAGACGAUGUCAGUUCCAAUGUUCCACUACGUGCAACAGCAAAUGGAGAAAUAUUACGAUAUGAUCAAAGUUGAAAAAAAGAAAUAUACUGCCUGGGUUAGGCGGCUACACUUAGCGCUAAGAGCUUACAAAGAGCUAUUAAAUACACUCCUAGCUAUGGACAGAAGCACUGAUCCAACCGUUAAAGAAUCUGCUAAAGUUUUGAAAAGUAACAUUUUCUAUGUGUUGGAAUAUAGAGAGUUUAUUCUCUCUACGUUUCUGAAUUACGAUGAAAAUAAAAUGCCGAGAUCAUAUUUAGUAGAUUUAGUCGAGACUGUGCAUCUAUUUCUGAAAAUGUUAGAGCAUUAUUGUAAAAAGACUGGUCUCGUUGUUCAAAAAAAAGUCAGAAAAAAAGCCAAAUCUAAACGUAAAAAACAAAAGGCGAGCGCACAAAGACCUAAGGGUGUGGACACGGUUGGGCCCGUAUGGGAGGAAGUAAGGGCGCAGCUGGCCGUAGUACUGAGCUCCGGUGUGGACGAACAUCCACCGCCUUUUGAUGCCGCAUCCGACGUACCCAUAGACCAACAGAAAGAAGAUUGUAUGAAGAAUGUUCAAAAGCUGAUGAAAGAGUACAAAUUCGAGGAUGCUGUUGGAAUGUUUAGAGCUGCAAGGGAAGUGUGGCCCGAAGAAGGAAUAUUUGGUACAAAUGGAAUAACUGAAGACGAAGAACUAACUAUGCUUGAAACUGUUUACAAUGCAGAUUUGGGAGUUGAAGCGUCAGAAGCUGUGGAUGAAGAGAAUGAAACGCAAGAAAAUUCGGAAGAGGAUGAUGACGAAGAAGAAGAGGAAGAGAGACGAAACACAUCAAUAGUAGAAACAGAUUUCGAUUUUCAAGACUUUGUGAAUAGGUUCUGCAGCGCAAAAGUGGUGAGCGCUUGCGUAACUCUCUUGGAGCAAUAUGACAAGAACCUGCCUCACACAAAUCAUUCUAUCAUUAAGAUGUUGCACAGAAUCGCUUGGGACUGUAAACGCCCCUCUAUGAUGUUCCAAGCGUCCUUGUUCCUUAUAUUUCAAAGGAUUCUGGAUAACCGAAUAUCGCAAUUCAAGGAAUUGGAAAAGUUUGCCAUAUUUAUUUUGAGGAAGUUUACGGAAGUGGCUGCUAAAAAUCCUAAAGUAUUCAUUGAGCUCUUGUUUUGGACCAACAUGAAGGAUGCAGCGGAUAUUGAAUACGGAUAUGAUUUAUAUACAGACCAUCGGGAUAAACCUGGCAAAGGAAUGUGGACUGAAGAACAAGAAGAAGAACUGCGGAGGUUGUAUAUGGAGAACCAAAGUAACCCUGCAACCGAUCAAGAUGUGAUCGACUGGAUCUUAGAGAACCUAAUAGAUCAGACUCGUACCAGACGGGGUGUUAUUAAGAAGCUAAAAGAGCUAGGUCUGAUAUUCCGAGCACCUACAAAGCGCAGCCAUAAAGAAGGAGCAAGAGAAAAAGUACCAAAAGAGUUCAGCGAGGAAGAGGAUGAACUACUGAGAGAAUUAUGGGAACAGUUCAAAGAUGUACCCGAUCCAAUGGGCGUAAUAAUCCCUCGUAUGCCUCGAAAGCGUCAAAAGCGAAGCUACGUCGACAGAUUGCUAGAGUUAGGCAUGAUUCGAGACAAAAGGGAAUGUCGUAAAAAAAGACAAAAGAAAUCUAAUGCUAAAAGCACUGACGGAGAUGACGAUAAAUCGAACAGUAGUUCUUCCGAAUCCGAGUUGUCUGACCAAUCAGACUCCGAUGACAACACGCCACAACAGCUACAACCAACCAAAACAAGGCAGCCCAAGAAAAAAAGCGAACCGAAGUCAAAUAACAAGAAACAAGCCAAGCGUGUGGAGCUCACUGCUAAUGAGAUCGCUAAGCUCCUGGUGCAAGCUGUAGAUAACGGUUUAACGGACGCUUUGAAAUGGCUCGCUGAGAAUUUAGAAGAAGUGGCUUUAGACCAAGAGGCGGAAGGAUUCGACCCAACAUCAGAGGGCACUCCUGUUGUGCCAAUAUCUGAGGAGUCCGUGGACGCGAUGGGCAACGAACUGUUCAAGAAAGUAUUGUUAGGUGUGGGCGUCAACCCUCCAAGCGACGAACAGGAAAAAUAUUGGAGAAUACCGAGCAGCCUACAUUUCGACACAAUUAGGAAACGGCGAGAAAUAAUUAUGAAAGCAAUUGACAAAGAACUUAUCAUUGCGACUAGUGAUGAAAUGGAGGUCGCCCCAAACACGGAAACGUCCCAAAAUGCAGAAGAAUCCAGCGAUGAUGAUGAUUUAUUCGAUAAUUUAAGGAAAAUGCGGGAAAAUAAUGCAGAAAAUGUUACAAAUAAAAGUGGCGUUGCGAAAUCCAAUAAUGAAAUAACACGUAAUCGGAAGCGUACCCGCAGUGAUUCCGACCAUGACACUAGCAGGAAGAUGAAGAAAAUAGACGAGGGCGACGAAAAUAGUGCCGAAGAUGAUAUUGACGAUAUACUGUCGUUCGCGAAGAAAACAUUGCAACAUGAAGAUCUGCCCGAUACCGAGGAGUUAACAAGUAACUUAUCAAAAGUUUAUAGCGAUAAUAGCGAUACUGAAGACGAUGUAAUUGUAUCGUCGAAACGAGACAAAAAGAAACGGAGAAUAGUUAUUGAUGAUGACUCGGAUUAA